AUGGGCUCGCUGUAUCUCCCUCAACGCAAUGGGAAACUCCAGCUCUUGGAUUGGAUCCAUUUGGUGCACCGCAGCGUCUGCAGUCCUGAUUAUGUUCUGCUGAGAGAGUAUUCCUACAUAACAAAGCCUUGGCUGAAAACUUUCCUUCAAUUUUAGGCUUUUGUUGCCAUUGGAGACUACAAUGGCCAUGUUGGUCUCGGUGUUAAAUGCUCUAAAGAAGUUGCUACUGCGAUUCGUGGGGCAAUCAUUUUGGCUAAAUUAUCCAUCGUACCAGUGCGACGAGGCUACUGGGGGAACAAGAUCGGUAAGCCUCACACUGUGCCUUGCAAGGUUACUGGGCGGUGUGGAUCUGUCCUGGUGCGUCUGAUCCCAGCGCCUCGUGGUACAGGCAUCGUGUCUGCCCCUGUUCCCAAGAAGCUGCUGAUGAUGGCUGGGAUCGAUGACUGUUAUACCUCAGCCAGGGGCUGUACUGCCACACUUGGCAACUUUGCUAAGGCCACCUUCGAUGCCAUCUCCAAGACAUACAGUUACUUGACUCCUGACCUCUGGAAAGAGACUGUUUUCACCAAGUCUCCUUACCAGGAGUUCACUGAUCAUCUGGCUAAGACCCACACCAGAGUCUCAGUGCAGAGAACCCAGGCAGCUGCUGUGGCAACUACUUAAGUGGUUUUUGUAUGAGGCAAUAAAGUGGUCAGUGGACAAGAA